CUCGCGUCGCGCCUCCGCUUCCAUGUCAUUUGACAGCGCAACACGGCGCUGCAGGGUAAAGCUCUCCCCCGCUCGCCGGUCUCUGUGCCCAGGCCAGCAGGACGAAGAAGAAGCCGGCUGGGAAGACCCAGGCCUGACCGCCUGAGCUAGGGGAGAGGAGGACGACGACGACGACGAUGGGGCUGCUGUCUCAGCGGGUGGAGCGGUCGGAGAUGGAGCCCGGCGACCACAUCUACACCUGGCGCGCCGGCUACACCUAUUCCCACCACGGGAUUUACGUCGGCGGCAGCAAGGUGGUGCACUUCACGCGGAAGAGGGAGGCGGGCGGCGCGGGUCUGGACUCGGCCAUCGCCGUGUCCAGCCUCCUCCUCUCGCGGGGCUCGGACGAGUGCCCCACCUUCCCGGACUGCGGCUUCCAGCUCCCCGACAGCGGCGUGGUGCUGACCUGCGUGGACUGCUUCCUCGGCGGCGGCGCGCUGCACCGGUUCGAGUACGGCGUGCCGGCCGCGGCGUUCCUGGCCAAGGUCCGCGGGGGCACGUCCACCACGGCGCGCGCCGACCCGGGCGACGCCGCCGUGCGCCGCGCCAUGCACCUCCUCCGGCACGGCUUCGGCGACUACGACGUGUUCGAGAACAACUGCGAGGACUUCGCGCUCUACUGCAAGACGGGGCUCCUGCUCCUCCCCGCCGCCGCGGCUGGCGGCGGGGUCGGGAUCGGGAGGAGCGGGCAGGCCGCGGCCGCCCUCGGCGUGCCGCUGGCCGCGCUCUUCUCCACCCCGUUCAAGCUCGUGGCCGCCGGCCCGCUCGGCAUGGCCGCCGUCACCGCGGGCGUGUACUGCGCCGGCAGGUACGUCACCGACAUCGGGGUGAGGACGGACGUGGUGAAGGUGGAGGUGAAGGACCUGUCGGCGCACCUCGGCUGGCGCCGCGCCAGGGCUCAGGAGAAGAAGAAGAAGCAGCAGCAGGAGGAGGCGCCGGCGGCGGCCAAGAGCUUGCUUCCGCUCAAGCGGAAACGGGAGACCUGCGUUUGAUUGGCGUGCGGUUGCAAAUAGAUUUGAUUUCUUCGUCUUUAGUUACUGCAUAGAAAUUAAUAAGCCCGAUAUAGAUAGAUAUAUGUCCUAGCGUUCUUGCCCGAUGCCCCGAUCGAUAUUGUUCGUUGUUCUUUGUACGUACUCUGUAUCAUUCUAAGAGUUUCAGUUACUCCUACAUACAUUCUUCAUUACUGCAACAAGAUAGUUGAGAACACAGUUGUUAAUUGA